GAGGGUGAGCAAAUGAUUACAGCAUUUUCAUUUUGGGAUGAACAUUCCCUUUAAGUUUACCUAUUAAGGGAUCGUUCGUCAUAAUUUAUUAAUUCUUAUUGCAAACUCGUCUUUUGCUCACUAGAGGUCGCCAUUGAGCUAUCCUGGAAAUAAUAAUAUGGGGAAAACAUUUGAGGAAAAAAACGUCAUAUCCUGUUAGCGUACAUGUAGAGAGAAUAAAAAUGACCUCCGAUGAUUUGUAGCACACACAAAAAACAUCAUAUAGCAACUAAAUAGAACGUAGCCACGUUAUUUAAUAUUAAGGAUAUUAUUGUGAAAGAAAUACUGUUAUGGCGGCUUUGGUUUCAUGUUGUUUCGGCUGUUGUGGCGAUAAUAACAGGGGCCACGUAACACUGAAGGAAAUGCCCACGGUUCAGCUGGACACUCAUCACAUGGGUACUGAUGUUGUCAUUGUGAAGAGUGGAAGACGUAUAUGUGGAACUGGUGGUUGCAUUGCAAACGCCCCUCUCCAUCAAAACAAGAGCUACUUUGAGUUCAAGAUUCAGUCCACGGGUGUCUGGGGAGUAGGAGUGGCAACACAGAAAGCAAAUCUGAAUCAGAUCCCUAUGGGUAGAGACCCUCGCAGCCUCGUGCUCCGGCAAGAUGGCACCGUGUACCACAACAAUGAAGAAAAGAACCGAUUACCUGCAAACAGCUUACCGCAGGAAGGAGACAUUGUGGGUGUUACGUAUGACCAUGUGGAGCUGAAUUUGUACCUAAAUGGGAAGAAUAUGAACUGUCCAGCAUCAGGCAUUAGAGGAACUGUUUAUCCUGUAGUUUAUGUUGACGAUAGUGCAAUAUUGGAUUGCCAAUUCAGUGACUUCUACCAUCCUCCACCCCAAGGAUACCAGAAGAUUCUGUUUGAGCAACAGAUCUUCUAAAGUUCAUGACGUGCUGUAUAUACACUAAAGAAAUGUACUCCACAGCCAGGAAUUGAAGUGCUAUGGUUAUGUCUGAACUCUUGACGAUUGUGUGGCUCAGCCUACUGAAGGAAGUUGAAAUAAUGUCAUCUGUGAUUUUGACUCGUGUAAAACUGACAAAUAUCUGGCCAUUUCUACUUUAAAAAGUCAUCCUAUGUAUUUCAGAUGAACUCUGUUAUAUCAUCUGUGCAUUAAUGAUCUGUGCACUGAUCUCAAAGGUUUAUUCAGAACAUACAUCUUUAAUUUACACUUCAUCAAACACUGCAUUUACUGAUGUACAGUAUUAACAUGGUGCUGUUGUGAACAUGGAUUUUUGUGUAAAGGCUGGUUUGAAGACAAAAAUGGGUUAUAAUGGAGUGACAUAUUACAGCUGACAAUCAUGAAUUUAUACUUUAUGCAUUUCAAGAGAACAAACUGAUGCUGACCUGAAAAGCUGAUACUGAUUCAAAAUACUGUCAAAGCUCUUUUUGAUUUCAUUGUUGUCUGUCUGAUGUAUGAUCUGCACCUGCACACACCAUAUACAUCAUGAUGACUUGGAUUUAUACAAGCUCUACAAAAAUAUAAAUUUCAUGGAGUUUAUGUUUGGUUGUAUUUUCCAUAUUAUGUUGCUGUUGAUAUACAUUAUGUCUUAUUGCAGGUUAGUGUAACUAAUAUAUUAAAUGUGAGAGAUACAAUAGAAUAAGUGUAAAGGUUAUUUACCUUAAAUAUUUUAUAAUUUGACCUGAAAAACAAAUGAUUGUCUGUGUUCUUUAAUUAUGAAUUAUUGCAAAUGAUCAGACAACUGUUUUUUAAUAAAUUAAUAAGUAUCGAAAUAUAUGAUGUUAUUGUUGUAUGUUCUUAUUUGACAGGUCUUAUUUGUGUCUUGUGUCUUUAGUAAUAAAUAUUUUAGUUUUGUCAUUUGUUCAUAAAGACUUUGUAUUUACCUUACCAUAGUUUAAGACUUAAACAUGUUCCUGUUGUUAUAAAAAUGUGAAAUUGUACUUAUCGACUGUCAUCUCGAGAGCGCACUGUACUGCGCGGUGACGUAUCUUUACGUAAAUUACUGGCGUACGUAUCCUGUCAGCUGAGCAAACUUGCGCAAUCUGUAGUCUACGCACAAUGACGCAAAUCUACAGAACGGGUCCAAUGAAACACCUCGCCUAACUCCAAUAAUGUUUCACUGCAGAAUCACUGCACCUUUUAUCAUGAUAGCGCUGGGAAGUCCGACUCAUUUCCGCGAUUCGGACCUUUCCCAAGAUGAAGCAGUCCAAAAAAACGAUCCAGCAAUUUUUAAAAACUCAUUGGCAUAUUAUCUGUCUAAAAAAAGUUAAAAUAAAUCAAUACGUAAAUGCAUAUGUUAUCACCGUUUUUUAUUCAGAAGUAUUAAUAAGCAAUUUCACGUAUCCCGUUCAAUUUGUUGCAUGUUUGAUUCAGCUCAAAAGUGCAUAAAGUGAUUUAGAAGUAUGAUUUGCAUAUACAAAAAAACAAAACUAAAAUUC